UCCCUCAGAGCGCGCUCGGGCGGAGAGCAGCGACCGCGCCGCAGCCAUGAGUGAGGCAGAAGUGAAUCCCAAAGCUUACCCGCUGGCUGAUGCACAGCUCACCAAAACACUGCUGGAUCUUGUGCAGCAAUCCUGCAACUAUAAGCAGCUACGCAAAGGAGCCAAUGAAGCCACCAAAACACUGAACAGAGGGAUAGCAGAGUUCAUUGUGAUGGCAGCAGAUGCAGAGCCCUUGGAGAUCAUCCUGCACCUCCCUCUUCUCUGCGAGGACAAGAAUGUACCUUACGUGUUUGUGCGCUCCAAGCAAGCCCUGGGCCGGGCAUGUGGUGUUUCCCGGCCUGUCAUCGCCUGCUCCAUCACCAUCAAGGAGGGAUCACAGCUAAAGCCUCAGAUCCAGUCUGUACAGCAAGCUAUAGAAAGACUGUUGGUCUAAAUGCCCAUGAGCGUGUGUGUGAAAUAGAAAAGUGCAAAUUACAGGAAAUUAAUGUUUAGCUUCAGUUCAGAUGAUAGUUUUGAUAUCAGUGUUUCAUUUCAAAAUGCCACAUUUUUGUUUAACAAUGGCUUAAUUAUUAGUGUUUCCGCCUCCUAGCUCCCCACUUUUCUAUUAUUCCACUCCAACAGAUUCAUUCUCAUUGUAUUACUUCUUGAAAAGUGACUGUACAACUGUUUUAUGUGUAAAAGAAGGACAGAAAAAAAUUUCCCCCCUUGUCUUCCCGUCUGCCUGCUCAGGGCUUUUUCAACCCACUUGUCAGCUUUCUCUGUGUUGCAGUAUUUCUGCUAAGCUUCAGCCUCCAGCAGGUGUGAGUAACUCUGCAUUUCUGAACGGUUUAGGCUACUGAGGAAAAGAUUCCCUGUGUUCAGACUGCUGGAGUCAAUAAGUGAUGGAGCAGCACAGGCGGGUCUAAGACAGGCAGCACCUACUGUGUAGCAGCAGAUGGAGCCAAGAUCAGCACACAUAGCACAGCCCUUCUUGAAACCAGACAAGAGACUUCUGUAAGAGAUGCAUGGGGAACAGAAAUCUUACAGCAGUACACAAGGGGAACUCUCUUAACUUGAUUAUUUUUAAAUACUGACUUUUUAAGAAAAAAAUAAAAAUGCUGCAAAGCUAAA